UGAGGAUGAGGAGGGAGAAGAGGAGGAGGAGGAGCGCCCUGACUCUGUGAUGGACACAACUGCAGACACAACAAGACAUGAAGACCACUCUCAGACAACCAGGGACUCCCCUCCUCAGGUGCUGCCCCCUCCCUCUCCUCGCCUCUCCAAGCGCCUCUCUUCGUCCCCGAUGCCCUCCCGCUCUGGCUCCACCACACCAAUCGGAUCUCGCAAGAAAGUCAUCGCGCCAACAACGGACUACCAGGACACGGUGCCCGGAGAGUUCGAAGAGAAGAUCCGACAGCCCAAAUCUGCCACACAAACGAACACUAACAACCAGGACUCCAGACCACAGACGCCUCUGAGUGAGUAUUCCAGGAAAGAAUUCUCUGCCCGACCAUCUCCAAAGCUAACACGAGCCAGCUCCAAGGUGUUUGAGAAAGUCAGAGGGUUGGAGGAACGCCGGAGAAGUUUGGAUAUUCCAGAAGGAUCGGUUUCAGGAAGAUCGUGGGCAGGUUUCAAUCGAGCGGGGUCGGUGGAUUCGGACGAUGGCGGAAGUCGUUUGGGAAUUUCUCGAGAGAGUUCACGAGAGGAUUUACGCGAAGCUUUAAAAGAAGACGCGGCGGAGAGAAGAUCCAUGUUCAGGCAAAGAGCGGCGUCUCUGGAAGAUAAACCGCGCUACUCGCAAAAAGUCCAAGACAUCGAGAAUAAAUUUACAGAAGAGCUGCAGCGAAUCAAGAAAUUAGUAGGAAAACCGCACAUGAAGAAGUCUUUUUCGACGGAACAGCUGACGUUAAAAGCGAAACAGCGGCAACCUUUCCGCAAAAUCGAACCGAUACCUCCACAAGUCCUGCAAAAGCUCCAAGAACGUGAACGCGCUCAAUGGGCCAGAGAGCAAAAGGAGAGAGAGUUACACGAGCAGAAACCGCAAAUCAGCUCUAAUAUUUUAGGAAGUCGUUUAGGCGAAGUCCCCGGUCCGCCCGAGUCCAUGCAGUUAGCGGAUUUACCUGGACAGCGCCCCAUACGUGAGCUCAGCAGAGUCAGCCCGGUCACAGAAAUCGUGCAAAGAUCGUCGUCUCCGCUCGUGCACCAACUCGAAUCGUACCGCAAAGUGGAGAAGAGACCGCCGAGUCCGCUGGUACAGAGAGUGACGCGCUUCCCUGAGUCCAACCACGACAAAGAGGAGCCGACGGGCAGGAAGACGCCCAUUGAGGUGGCGCUAAGGAAGGUGGAGCUGAGACCGGAGAGCCCCCUGGUGCAGAGGAGGGGGGCGGAGGCUAAUGCGCUGGCUCCUCCCAAACCGCCGAGAGUGUACGCCGAGGAGGAGCGGAGGAGUGUGCCCAGGAUUGUGGUGCAAGAAGAGGAAGAGGAGAAGAUGGAGGUGGAGGAGAAAGAGACGCUGCAGACCACCAGCAGCAGAGAGGGGGCGCCAAAGAGCAGGAAGAAGAAGAUAAGGCCCAUGUCUCCAGAACAAGACUCUUCAGAUGACUCCUAUGUCUCGGCCGGUGAGGACCCUCUGGAGGCCCCUGUGUUUGAGUUUCCUCUGCAGGACGCCGUGGCUUUUACUGGAGCUGAUGUGGUCCUUAAAUGCAUCAUCGCCGGAACACCCACACCUGAAGUGUCGUGGUCCAAAGACUCCAGUCCGGUCUCUGGUCUCGGUCUGAACUACACAGUGAAGGUGGAAGGAGAGAGGCACAGUUUAUGGAUCAGAUCUGUGAGAACGGCCAACGCCGGAGUCUACUGUGUAACGGCGAGCAACCAGGUCGGGACUGUCUCCAGCUCGGCUACUCUCACUGUCAAAGAGAAUGUUCCGGCUCCUCGCUCAAACCUGGGCCUCCCUCGGGACAUGAGCAGCCCGAUCACCUCAGACGAAGAGUACCUGAGCCCCCUCGAAGAGAACCCAGAGCCAGGACCAGAGCCCGUGAGAUUGGACCCACGCUUCAGACAGCCCCCUGCUUUUCUGGCGACGAUAAGCGAUCAGACGGUGGUGGAGGGGCAGGAGGUGUCCAUGUCUGUGCGAAUCAGCGGACAGCCCAAACCCAUGCUCUACUGGCUCAGGGACAGAGUGACGGUGAAGUCAGGCCCUCGUCAUGUGGUCAGAGAGAGAGAAGAAGACACGUUUGAGAUGAUCAUCAAGUCUGCUCAGAAACCCGACUCUGGAGUUUACACGUGUAAAAUCAUCAAUGAGUACGGCACCAAGCAGUGUGACGCCAUGCUCAGAGUCACAGCCCCGCCCGUGGAGCCCUCUCUGGCCGUCCUGCGCCCGGUCAGAGACAUUUCGGCUAAAGCUGGAGACACAGUUCUGUUUGAGUGUCAUGUGAUGGGACCCAAAGACACGGACGUGGACUGGCUCUCUGAUGGAAAACUCAUCCAACCAGCUCUCCUCAACUGUAAGAUGCACUUCAACGGAAAGAAGUGCCGCCUCCUACUCAACUCUGUGCACGAGGACGACUCCGGGGUCUACAUGUGCAAGAUCAGCUCUGCUAAAGAGGAGGUGACUUCCUGUGGCCGGCUCUCAGUGCUGCCAUCUGUGGAGCCUCUGUUCACCAGGAAGCUGGACGUGCUGGAGGUGAUCGAGGGACGAAAUGCUCGCUUUGACUGCAAAGUGAGCGGAACACCCGCCCCCAAAAUCAUCUGGAGUCACUUCGACCAGCCUCUGGUGGAGAGUGAGGACGUGAGGAUCCUUCAGGAGGGAGGCAGACACUCGCUCAUCCUCUCUCACGUAACCAACGACGACGAAGGAUUCUACACCGUCACCGCUAGAAACGUCCACGGAGAGGCAGAGUGUUCUGCAGAACUGUACAUCCAAGAGCCCCGGCCCGCCAUCUCCUCCCAGAUGGCUAAACUGGAGAAGAUGCCAUCGAUCCCAGAGGAGCCCGAGGUUCCGGACUCAGAUCUGGAGCGGUUCACGAUGCCCGACUUCACCAAAGCUCUCCUGGACCUGGACGUGGUGGAGGGACGAGAGGCCGUGCUCAAGUGCAGAGUGUCCGGUCUGCCGUACCCGACCAUCACCUGGUACCACAACGGCCAGCGCAUAGACAGCACCGAGGACCGCAAGAUGACCCAGUAUCGGGACGUGCACAGUCUGGUGAUCAGGAGUGUGACUCACGCUCACGGAGGAGUGUACAAGAGCGUCAUCGCCAACAAAGUGGGGAAGGCUACAUGCUACGCUCACCUCUAUGUCACCGACAUCCUGCCGGACCCUCCAGACGGCUGUCCUGUGGUAGACUCCAUCACCGGGAAAACCAUCACUCUGAGCUGGAAGAAACCACGCAGACUCGACCCCUCCAUUGACCCGUCGUCCCUCAUGUACGCGAUCCAGCAGCAGGCGCUAGGCUCCAUCCAGUGGACCAUCAUCGCGUCCGGCCUCAAGGACACGUCCUUCUGCGUCUCGUCUCUGUCCAAAGGCGUCCGCUACAGCUUCAGAGUGUUAACCAUCACCAGCAAGGCCUUCAGCAAGCCCUCCCCCUCCACCGAACCUCUGCAGCUGCUGGACAGAGGUCCAUAUCUGUCUGAGGCUCCGGUGAUCCAGGACAAACCUGACGUGGUUUAUGUGACAGAGAAUCAGUCUGUGACCAUCACUGUGACCAUUAACCACGUCAACGCCGCCGCCAUCUGGAAACGUAACGGUUCAAUCCUGUCUCCUCGUCCUGGUUCAUAUGAGAUGUCGAUGCCUGAUGAUGACCAGCACCAGCUCAAACUGUGUAAAGUCAAGUGUACUGAUGUGGGAGACAUGGAGUUUAUCGCCACAAACAAACACGGCUCUGACAGCUGCAAAUUCACCGUGGAGAUGGCAGCUGCUCCCACGUUUGAGACCAUCAUGGAGGACCUGGACGUGUGCUCAGGAGAGACGCCGCGAUUCGCUGUGGUCUGUGAAGGAAAACCCAUCCCUGACAUCCUCUGGUUCAAGAAUGACGUCCUGCUGGCGGAGAGCAGUCAUUACACCUUUGUAUAUGACGACAGUGAGUGUUCUCUGGUGAUUCUCAACGCUCGGCCCGACGACUCUGGAGUCUACACCUGCACCGCCAGAAACCAGGCCGGCUCUGUGUCCUGUAAGGCCGAGCUCACCGUGCACCAGGUGAAAGUGAAGGACGAGCCGAUGGAGGAUGAGGAGACCAUUAUGAGGAGAAUGCGCCGCCUCAGCGACUACUACGACAUCCACAAGGAGAUCGGACGUGGAGCGUUCUCGUACAUAAAGCGCGUGGUGCAGAAGUCGGAUAAGACGGAGUUUGCAGCAAAGUUCAUCUCGGCUCGAGCCAAAAGGAAAAGCUCUGCUCUGAGGGAAAUGAGGAUCCUGUCCGGACUCGACCACCAGAGGGUGCUCUACUACCAUGACGCCUUCGAGAAGAAGAACGCCGUCAUUAUCGUCACCGAGAAAUGUCAUGAGGAGAUGUUGGACAGGUUCAUCAGGAGGACGUCGCUCCUGGAGUCAGACGUGCGCUCUUGUAUCAGACAGGUCCUGGAGGGUCUGGACUAUCUGCACCACCUCAACAUCAUCCACCUGGACAUCAAGCCUGAUAACAUCUUGAUGGCCGAUGUUCACUCAGACCAGAUCCGUCUCUGUGACUUUGGGAAUGCUCUGGAGUUUUCUCAGGAGGAGAUGCAGUUCUGUAAAUACGGAACUCCAGAGUUUGUCGCUCCUGAAAUCGUCAACCAAACUCCAGUCUCCAAAGCCACCGACAUCUGGCCAAUUGGAGUCAUCAGUUAUCUCUGCCUCACGGGUGUGUCUCCGUUUGCGGGGGAAGAUGAUCGCAGUUCGCUCUUAAACAUCAGAAACUAUAACGUGGCGUUUGAGGAGGGGAUGUUCUCGGACCUGAGCCGAGAAGCCAAAGGAUUCAUCAUCAAACUGCUGGUCCCUGACACGCUGCGACCGAACACUCAGGACUGUCUCAGACACCCCUGGUUCAAAGCUCUGAGUAAAGGAAAGGCCAUCAGCACAGAAGCUCUCAAGAAGUUUGUGGCUCGGAGGAAAUGGCAGCGUUCUUUAAUCAGCUACAAAUCCAAAAUGGUGAUGCGUUCGAUCCCUGAUUUACUGAGCGAUUCUUCAAACCACAUUUCCAUCGCGGCGCCUAAACGCUCCGUGGAAGGAUCUGCGUUACCCUCCUCUUCCUCCGACUCUGACGAAGACAUCGACGAGCUUCCCUUCAUCCCCAUGCCCCUCAACACCGAAUUCUCCGGAUCACGAAUGUCUCUAAACGAAAUCCAAACCAACGAGGAGAACCGCAGGGAAAACGGGAAUAAAUACGGUUUGAUCGAGGAGGAGCCGAUGGAAGUUGACGCGAAAGAGAGGAUGGAGAGAGAGGAGGAGGCGGAGCUAAUCCAAAAAUCGGGAAUGCCGAGGAAGCCGCUACAACGUGGGUCAAGCGUCGAUUCAGAAAAAAUGGAUACGGGGAGGAGACGGGGGGAGUUAAGGCGCGGCGGAUCGGCCGAUAGCGCCUUGAUGUUAAAGAUCACUCCAGAAGAGAGCAGCGGUGAGAGCGAAUCGCCGCAAGAAGACGGGAGAAGAAUGCUUAAAAAAGCAGUGUCGAUGGAGUUACCGCGGCGAAGCGCUAGCCCAAAAAUGAGCCAGGAAGAUUACGCACUGAAGCUGGAAUUGAUGAGGCAAAGAUUGUUACGAGGUGGGUCUGUGGACAACAAGAUGAGCGGGUUGCGAGGACCUCUACUGGAAACGUUGGGGAUGGGAGAUGAGAAAAGAACUUCGGAAAGGUAUCGCAUGAACCGGUUAGCUCCUCCUCCACUAACCCGAGCCGUGUCCAGUGAGUCACCGAGAGAUGAGACGCCGAAAGCUAAAGUUUUACGGAAAAGCGCUUCGUUCAGUCAGGGGGACGCAGAGCCGAUCGCGCUGCACAGGAGGAUGGGGGCGCCGCUAGAAAUCCCACUGGCGACGAUGGAAGAAAGGCGGUUAAAGGAAGCGAUUUCAAUGUCGGCGUUGACCGACCAGUCGAAAUUCGAUUCAAGGCCGGUGACGCCGAGAGAGCCCUCGCCAAAACCGCCCACUCCGGAAUCCGUGUUGCAGGACAGUCCGACCAAAACAGAAAGCGAGGAAUCGUUUAUAGAAAGAGAAUCUAAACCAGAUGAAAUGAUCGGAGAGAAAGCAGCGACGGACAGUAACUUUGAUGAGCGUUCAAGCACGAGCGGGUUUUCGGAAAAGGAUAUGAGCAUUUCCGAAGAGCCGAUAAUGGAAACAGAAACUGCGAAGGAAGAAAGAGCGCCGUCGCCUGGUUCGGGUAAGAAAAUGGAAAUUGAGGAAGGAGGAGAAGUUGAAGAGGAUAAACCAAUGGAAGAAGAUUCAAGUGAAACUGUUGCUGAAAAGACGCCUGAGAAGGAGAGCGAAGAAUUGAAUGCAAAAUCUACAGAAAUGGUUAUAACGACUAGCUCGGUUUUAGUGAGACCAACAGACGAAUACCCAAACGCGCCAGAAGCGGACGCUAUUUCAUACCCAGAGCCGUACGUAGCGCCGCCUUCUCCGUCGAAAACAGUGCUUCCAGAUGGUAGGACGUCAGCGUAUGCCAGCAUCAUGCAGACUAUAAUGGUACCCGCAGUGCAACCGGCUACCGACGUAACGAUAGGACCGUCUACGCCAGUCCAGAUACCGCAGAAUUCACAGAUUUCAAAUGAGCAACCAGCUAACGCGCAAACGAUUUCUACAGAUUUGCAACAAGUCAAUACGUCAACAACUGAACAUCCUGCUGUUUUUGCGAGAGUAGCUUCACCUGAAACUAUUCUGAAAGAGCCAAGUCCACCUAAAACUUUGGCGCAAUCUACGUCGCAACAGAAUCUCGCAAACAGAGGCGAUUUUGAAGACGUAGCAUCGGAAGAGCUGUUCGAAGCAAGGUUCAAAAAGCGUGAAUCGUCGCUUACGAGAAGUUUUAAGUUUUUAACGAGAUCGAAAAAUGAAGAUAAGAUGCAAGCGGGUGAGAAAGACGAAGCAGGAGAGGACAUAUACAGGCCUAGUCCCAUGGGUGCGCCACUAGAAUUGGCCACCAGGAGGCUCGAGGAGAAGUCAAAGUCGGUGCAAGAUCUGAGAGAAGCGCAAAAGGAUCAGGGAUUUAUGAAAAGAUUGUCCCUGCGGUUAAAACGAACGCCGUCGAUGGAAAGAACAGACCAAAUUAAGGAAGAGGACACCUCGAAAAGACGAUUGUCAUGGACGCUUGGGAGGAGAGGAUCACAGGAAAGAAAAGAGUCUGAGGGUGAGGGAGGAGAGGAGAAGGAAGAGUUGAAGAAGCCGAAUGAAUCUCCGGUUUUGACAAUGAGGCGGAAGAUUGAGUCGACAGUGGCGGAAAUCUCGACCAGGAUCAGGAGUUAUUCGGAGGAGAGGAAGGUGUCAGAGGAGAAGGAUCAGAAGAGAACGCCGAUUCUGUCCAUGCUGCGGAGAGCUACCUCAGAGAACCGCGGGGUCAAAGUAGCACCACAAAACCAACUCGUUCAGCAGGCAACCAACGGAGCCUCUACAGAGUCUCUGGAUUCUACUAAAGGAGUGGAGGCAGAUCGCAGGUCUCGUUGGGAUCGUUGGGGUUUGACUCGAGGACGCAGAGACAAAACUGUGUCUCAGCCCGACAUCCCCUCAGCCAUCAGCCGAGAGAUCUCUGCUCUGAGGACCAGGCAGUACAACAAACUCGCAUCAGAUUUUCCUCCAGUUUUCCACAUUAAACUCAGGGACCACGUUCUUCUGGAGGGAGACCCCGUGACUCUGAGCUGCCUCCCUGCAGGAAGCCCCCACCCGCACAUCAGCUGGGUCAAAGAUAAGAAGCCUCUGGAGAUCGACUCUCGUAUGAACAUGAUUGCCUGUCCUGACGGGAGACAGUUACUCAUGAUCAUGCAGACGACCAAGAAGGACGCUGGAGUGUACGAGUGUGUGGCUACCAAUCCACUAGCAUCUACGUCCUCCUCCUGUACCAUCUCUCUAGCACGUCUUCCGAAUCGUCCUGGGACUCCAGAGAUCCCCCAGAAAUACAACCACACGGCUCUGGUCCUGUGGAGGCCCUCAGACACAAUGGCCCCCUGCACAUAUUCUCUGGAGAGGAGGGCGGAAGGAGAGAGUAACUGGCUGAUCGUGGCGACUGGAGUGGCCGACUGUUACUACAACGUGACAGACCUUCCACCAGGGGGCACCUUCCGCUUCAGAGUGGCCUGUGUGAACAAAGCAGGACAGGGCCCGUACAGUAACCUGUCUGAGGUGGUGCGCAUGGAGCCGUCAGAACCGGCGAAGUCCACUGCGACCAUCGUGGUGAAAACAGCGCCCUCUGCUGCUCCUCCUGUGGUGGUGAAGUCCUCCAUGACCAUCCCCCCGAUCAAACCCGCUCCACCUAAAACAGCCUCCUCCUCUUCUCCUCCUCCACCCGUCACCUCCCCCUCUCUCUCCCCUCCUCCCCCUGCCCCCUCUCUCUCCCCCUCUCCCCCAGCGCCCUCCCCCCUGCCCCCCUCUCCCUCAGAAACGCUCAAGUCCACCCUCAGCAUCAGCGUCACCAAACCCAAGCUGGCUCCUCCUCCCGUGGUCCCGCCCAAACCUCGCAGCCCUGUCAACAAGCCGCCGUCUCCGGUCAUCGGCAAACCCAUAUCCUCUGUCCCCAUGUACGUCGCAGCCUCUUCCAGGAAAACCCCUCCAGCCCAGCCUCCCUCCUCCUCUACCCCGACCGUGGCGCCCUCCUCUCAGCCUCAGAGUGUGACCUCGCCCCCUCCCGCCACGGUGGCCCCUCCCUCUGUGAUUGUGUCUCCCCCGGUGGUGGUGGUGCAGAGCCUGACUCCGGUGGUCCAGGCUGGGGCAGAGAGCCGCGGGCCCCCCUCUGGAAGGAUCACUCCGUCUGGACGAAGGACACCUCUGAUGGGAAGAACUGGAGAGGGGGCGCUCAGACAGGGAGUACCCCAAAAACCCUACACCUUCAUGGACGAGAAGGCCAGGGGUCGGUUUGGUGUGAUCCGUGAGUGCCGGGAGAACUCGACAGGAAACUUGUUCAUGGCUAAAAUUGUUCCGUAUGAAGCGGAGACAAAGCAGAGCGUCCUUCAGGAGUACGACAUCCUGAAGUCUCUUCAUCACGAGAGGAUCAUGGCUCUGCACGAGGCCUACGUCACCCCCAGAUACCUCGUCCUCAUCUGCGAGUACUGCAGCGGCAAGGAGCUCCUGCACAGCCUCAUCGACAGGUUCCGUUACUCUGAGGACGAUGUGGUGUCCUACAUAGUGCAGAUCCUUCAGGGUCUGGACUAUCUCCACACCAGGAGGAUCCUCCACCUGGACCUGAAGCCGGAGAACAUCGUCGUGACCUUCAUGAACUCUGUGAAGAUCAUCGACUUUGGAACGGCUCAGAACUUCAACCCCCUGUUCCUCAAACAGUUCAGCCCCGCCAUCGGGACACUAGAGUACAUGUCUCCUGAGAUGUUGAAGGGAGAUGUAGUCGGACCUCCAGCCGACAUCUGGAGUAUAGGAGUCCUCACCUUCAUCAUGUUGAGUGGGAGGUCUCCGUUCCUGGACCAAGAUCCUCAGGAGACUGAAGUCCGGAUCCAGACAGCGAAGUUCGAUUUGAGUCGACUUUACCAGAACGUGUCCCAAAGUGCCUCUCUGUUCCUCAAGAAGAUCCUCUGCAGCUACCCCUGGGCUCGUCCGUCGAUCAAAGACUGCUUCAGUAACUCGUGGUUACAGGACGCGUACCUGAUGAGACUUCGGCGUCAGACUCUCACCUUCACCACGACGCGCCUCAAAGAGUUCGUCUCCGAGCAACAGAAACGCCGCGGCCUGAACGCCACCAAACACAAAGUCCUCCUGCGGUCAUACCAGAGCUCGGCCACGCCCACCUUAGCCCCGCCCACAUCCCCCACGCCUGUCAAUCAAUGAACCACGCCACCUUAGCCCUGCCCACAACCUCCACGCCUGUCCGUCAAUGAGCCACGCCAUCCUAGCCCCGCCACCAAACACGAAGUCCUUUUACGGUCGUACCAAAUCUCGACCACGCCUGCCCAGAGCCCCGCCCACACCCGCCACGCCCACCAAUGAUGUCAUAGUUUCAGAUGAAGGGAGGGGCCUACCUAACGUUUGGAGAUUCGCCGUUUUUAAAGAGAUCUUCAAACUUCUGCUCCACAAAUGUUCCUUCUCAUGACUUUGUUUACCAUUGGCUUAAAGUUGCACUGUGUAACUUUUCUGCUGCUUGUCUCCAUGGAGAUGCUACCGCUUUGUCUGGAAUGUUCCACCAUCUUUUUGCAUUUUUUUUCAAGUGUAUGUGUUUUUAUUACUGAAAAUGCUAAGAAAAAUAUGCACCGCCUCUCGCUUCUCCACAGAUCUGACCUGUAACUUAGCUUCUCUCCAUAGAAAUCAACAGGUUUAAUGCUUUACUGUGGAAUAUUCAAGACAAAAAAAAAAAGAAAAAAGCAUCUGCAUAGAGACAAAUUGUUCCAUUACAGCCUUUUCGUUUCCUGACAACACUCACGUCUUUGGGGUUGAAUAACGGCUCCAUUUUCUGAAGCGAUUGUGAAAAAAUUGUUUGACUUUCGUUUAUUUCUCCCGACAGAGAAGACGUUGAACUUUGUGCCAGUUUUUGUUUCCUGUGGAUAGGCCCAGGAAUUACAGAUACGAACCAUAAACUAGGUCAACAAAUCUGCUUUCAAGUCUCCUCCGUUUCGAUUCGGGCUCAUCUUGAUUUUGGAUUUUUACGACAUCACCACGAACUGAAAGACUUCACUUACACGGACGCCAUUUUGGAUCCUGGACACGGACGCCAUCUUGGGUCUUUUGAUGAGAUUUCUAUUUUUGUAUCUGGACGUUGUUUGUAACCGGACUGGUCGCGUCUCCGUACCUCAGAGUUUGUACGUUUUUGGAUAAAUAGCUCUUCAUUUUUCGAGUCUAUUCUUGUACAAGUCUAAAGCAUUUUAAAACAGGCUAAACUUCUGGCUUUGCUGACUCUUGUACUGUUCGCUCCAUGUUUUUGAAUGGCGAUGCUAAUGCUAAGCUAAUUAUGUCCUUACUGAACUCCAAAUGACUGUUUAGAAUCAUGAAUGAACUCUUUAAAUCUCCUUUUUCUGCAUUUUGAACUACUUUAAAUACAAGUAAAGAUCUCUCAGUCCUGCUCAAACAUAAAAAUAGGCCGUUUUAAUCAGGCUAAAAACAAUAGCACUGAGCUUGGUUAGCAGCGGUAGUGUAGUGAAUGUGACUUUAAAACUUUAAAAGCCCAGAGGAGCACUUCUCAUUCACCACCUGAUGAUGUCACAAGGUGUUACAGAGUGUAAAUCUGCAGUUUUACUAAAACAUGUGUACAUGAGAACAGGAUUAAAGAACCACUGUGGAACCUUUCCUCACAUUAGAGCAGGGUUAAAAAAGACAGACGGUUCAGCAGAAAACAGGAGUUUUAAACAUGAUAAACACUUUAACUGCAGCGCACUGUUACAAGUAGAACAUUUACAUCACAUUCAGUUAUAUUGUUAUUUAAAUCCCUUUAGAACUUCUACAGACUAGACUGUUUAUGUGAGUUUAAACCAGGUCUACACCAGGUCUAAACCAGGUCUGAAACUGGUCCAAACUAGGUCUAAUCUGGUUUUACUCAAGGACCAGGUCUAAACCAGAUCUAAACAAGGUCUAAACCAGUUUCAAACCAGGUCUAAAACUAGUGCAAACCAGGUCUAAACCAGGUCUGAACCUGGUCCAAACUAGGUCUAUUCCAGAACCAGAUCUAAACCAGGUCUAAACUGGGUCUAAACAGUCUAAAGGAGCUUACAUUUCUUGAGUUCCAGAUAGUCCCAGGCUUUGAUGAGAGUGUUUUUAAAAAGGGCUCUAGUGAACCUUCCCUUUAAGCGUUAGGACAAAAUAGAGACAUGGGGUUCAGUCAGAAUGAAAACCAGUGUCCAGUUCCACGUCACGUCUGCUGCUCAUUUUCUAACCUGUUUUUCCUUCACCUCUUGUUUUUCUGUUCUGUUGAAUGAUCAGUUUCAUAGGAUAGACUUUUUGAAACUUUCUGGUCAUUUUGCCUGAAGUUUGUGCAGAAAAAACAUCCGAUUUGAAUAAAGUUGUAUUUUGUUGGGAGAAUAUUUUGGUGUUGCGUGCCUCUUGCCAGACUGGAAAUUUAAACCAAACUUUUAGAAUUUUGGAGGCUAUUUUCCGACAUUUUUAGAACUUUUUUUUUGGUCCAGUUUGGACUCUGAAUGUGAGUGCGGUCGAUAGCUCUUCCUUUAUUUAUUGAGCGAGUGUCUGUUAAAAGUUUAUUUGUGGCAUGGAAACGGCAUGACACUGCUGCAAAUAUGGAUUUAAUAAAAGACUCAUUAUUUAAA